AUGAAACAUUUAAUUUUAAAAAUUAUGUUUAUCAAUAAUAACCCAUUUACUCAAAAAAGUUUUACAUGUUGCAAUCGUAGUAAGGAAUUUAUCGACCACUGUGACCUUGGAACUAUAGUUCUCCAAGAUGGUUCCUCAUAUUACACGAUUAGAGAAACCAAUAAUUAUAAAUUAAUGUAUAAUUAUGACCCAAAAAAUGAAAUUUAUAGUUAUUCAUUCCAUGGUAGAAAGCCAUCCUCAGUAUAUAAUUUGGGUUACAGUUUGGUAAAGAAUAUUACAAAAAGUGGGAUAUAUGGAGUAUCUAUUAUUGAAUGCACAGGUGAAGAAAAUUAUUUGGUUGAGGCAAACAUUAUUUUUAUGAACCCAUUUGGUCAUUUAUCUGCAGAAAAGCUCCCAUUAUUAUGCUUUGAUUUUAUUUUAAUUAUUUGUUAUAUCAUUUAUUUAGCUUUUUGGAUUUCAAAAUUUAUAAAAUAUGCAAAAUAUGCAACAAAAUUACACUAUUUUGUU